GGGCUCGCCAGCCCUUAACGCGUCAAACAGAAGAAGGAAGCAAUGGGGUUUAGUUUUCCCGUGUGUUCGGUCAGAUUGAGCAAAUCGGUUAAACAGCUGCCACCAUGCCGGGGACGACAACACCCACAGAACUGGGCGACUGAGAUUCCCUGUUUCCAACAUCCCAUCUUUUUACUUGAAAGACGUUCCUGAAACAUUCUCAUUUGUGGUAACUGACACAGUCGAGGGAUGUGAACCUGAACAUAAAGAGCAAACGGUGACAGAGUUGGACAUGGUGGAGAAAGAGAGGAAGAAAUGUAAGAAGCAAAUGGAGGUACCAGAUCCUGAGGAACGAACUGAAGAGAGAACUAAGAAAAAGUCAAACACUCUUCACACACAACGUGUGGGAGACGAUGGAGUGACUGUUGCCGCGGAGAGGAUGAGUAGCUGGAAGAAAAAGAGAACCCGUAAUGACAGAGAGACAGAAGAGGGGAUGGACAGUGGCCUCUCAGCGUCUGCAGUAGAUGUCUCACAUGUAAGGGUGCCCGUAGAGGCCAUAAAGAGUAAGAAGAAGCUCAAGAACAGACAAACGAAGCUUGAAGAGGGAGCGGAAAGCCGUGAGACAGUUUUAAGAUUAGCAGAUAAUCCUGAAAUCAUAGAACUGAACACUGAAGCGGUUGAGGGAGCGGAAAAUGUGGUAACGAAGGUACAGAAGAACGAAAAAGAGAACAGGAAACGAAAGAAGGAAAAAGUUGGAGAGAUUCAACUGAGCGUUUGUCCAGAUAAAACCGAGCUCCCAGUUAUUCUAGAACAAACUGGGAGAAAAUGGAAAACAACGAGACUGAAAACCCAACCGGGUGGAGGGGCUGAAGAGGGCAGCAGGAGAAACAAGAGACAAUGCUGCAGAGAGUCCGACACGGGAAUGGACAGUGUCCCCUCUAAGUCAGAUAACAGGACUCCUGAUGCUGGCCCAGAAUCUGAGACAGGGCAAGAUGGCCUCCAUACAACCAUGGUUGAGACAAGCACCCAACGCCGCAGACGCAUCCAGAGCGAUAAAGCUCUAAGUGAACACGAAUGGAGGGCUAUGAUUGAGCUCAAAGAGUUUGUUCCCAAUAUUGCGUCUCGGCCUGUUAAUAAGAUCAGAGCGAUGAUCAAGUAUGAUCUCGAUCGAUUCAAGGAAUUCCGAGGACAAGGCAUUUCCCUGCGAACUGGACGAUACAGCGCACAGGAGAACAGACAACUCAUGAGGAACAUAAACGACUUCCUGGCUCUCACAGGGAUUGAGAACGCCGCUAAACUCUUCCAUACGAAGCGCUUCAGAGACGAACUGUCUUUUAUCCAGAGGCUGAAGAGUCAUCACAGAUUCCCUGCGAGAAUAGCUGAAGGAAUCCCGAGGUCUUGGCAUAAGAUCUAUACUCGUGGUGGGAGGAAAAUGUUUGAUGGCAGCAGUUACAAGGGCCGACGAAGGUUCAGCGAAGAUGAACUUUACUCUUUGAAAAAACUGCAGACGAUGCACGGCAACAAUUGGGUGAAGAUCUCACAGUUGACUGGCCGGAGUGAAACGCCCCUUAGGAAACGGUUUUCACAGAUGUUCGCAAACUUAGGUUCUUGGGGCGAGGAAGAACUGAAGAGACUAAUGGAAGCUGUGCGAGACCACCUGCUGGGACAGGUGGAGCCUGGCAGAGGGCCUGCCACCGUCAGGAAAGACCAGCUGUACAAAAACAUCCCCUGGACAGUUGUAUGCCGGAGGGUUAAGACACGCCACCGGGACCAGUGUCGAAUGAAAUGGUUGGGUGUUAUGGCAUACAAAAUGGCACACGGACAACCAGCAUUCAGUGGAGGUGUGAAAACCUUAAAGGCUAAAGUGGAUUUGAUCAAAGCGUUGAACGCAAUGCAGGUGGAAGAUGCCUCAGAUGUUGACUGGGAAGAAAUCGCUCACACAAUUGGGGGAGUUACUCCUUGCUACGUACAGAUGCACUACCACAAGCUGAAAGUAGCCAAAGUGCCGUUGCGUCAGAGCAUGUCUUUCUGUGAGACCAUUGAUUUCCUGUACAGUAGUGUUCUGCCCAAGUUUGAAGAGCUCCUCCGACGCAGUCAGACCGAGUCAGGGGACACCGAGUCCAGAGAAGAUCCACAAGAGCACUUCCUGCUCUCAGAGAUCUUUGAAGAUGAGGACGACUGAGAUUAUUACGGCGAGGUUCAGAACAGUUGAUUAUCAAUCUUUCUUUUUUUUUUAUCUCUGCGAGCUUUAUAUAUUUUGGAUGUAUUUUAAAGGCAGAUUUUGAAAAGAGUAGUUUGGAUGUAGAUGGUGAAAAUCUAUUGGACGAUACUGAAAAUGCUGGUCAGGAGUUUUUCCUUUUUCUGACAUUCACCGAUAAAGAUGGAUACUUUGUUAACAUUAGACAUGAUAACAUCCUCAGGGGCUGAUCAUUUGGAGCCUGGUCUGCUGUAGUGUGCAGCCACCCCUUAUUGCUGGAUCAGUAGCCAACAUUGUUUAUGUAACAUUGUUAUCAGGAAGUAUUCCAAAAGCAUGGAAAUCUGUAGUAGUAUGACGUAGACAUCUAUCACUCCAUUAGGGUGGGGAUACAAAUGAUCUUGACAACUUUUCAAGACGAACUUGUUUUAACUAAGAUUCUUGAAUCCUUGAAUAAUGUACAACUUUGUUCCUUUUUUAUCUGACAAUUAUAUUCUUAAUAGUAACCAAUUAGGGUUUAGGCCUGGGCAUGGUACUACCACACCAACCACGCUAGUUGUUAAUGAUCUUGUCAAUGCCUUGGAUGCUAAAAAGAUCUGUGCUGCCUUGUUUAUUGACCUGUCAAAGAUGUUCAACACUGUUGAUCAUUCUGUUUUUACUGAAGAAAUUAUCAAGAGUCGGCUUGGGGUAUAUACAGCCUGUUUAUGGUUUCAGAAUUAUGUUCGUGACAGAACUCAGGCCAUCUUGAUAGACGGGGUUAAAUCUGAAUUUCCUGAGAUUCAAAAAGGUGUUCCUCAGGGUUCUACUUUGGGUCCAUUAUUGUUCACUUUGUAUAUUAAAGACAUAGGAAACACUGUUCAUACUUGUAACAUUCAUCUCUAUGACACCGUGUUGUGUUCCUGUGCCACCUCAGUGCAGCAGGCCGUUCGUGAACUUCAGCAUGACUUUGAUCCCGUUCUGAAAUCACUUACAGAUCUUAAAUUAGUGUUAAAUACAAGUAAAAACCAAGCUCAUGCUGUUCUCUAGGUCACAAAGGACCUGCAUAUUUGCGCUAUAAAUGGAGCCGAAAUUAAGCUAGUUUCUCAAUAUAAGUACCUGGGUGUCUGGAUUGAUGACGAGUUGUCCUUCCUAACGGAUAUAGAAAAUUUGACUUAGAAUCUAAGAUCCAAGAUAUCUAAAUAAAUCACGCCUUAGUAUUAAAAACAGGAGAAAGAUUGUUCAAACCAACGCUUCUCCCUGUAUUGGAUUUCUGUGAUAUUCUUUUACAGGCAACGUCUGUUUUUAAAACCCUAGGAUGCUGUCAUUCAGCAACACGUUUUAUCACAGGGGACCAUUUUAGGACUCAUCAUUGUAGUCUGUAUACAAUGUGGGAUGGACCUCUCUGUCUGUAAGAAGAGAGUAUUCUCAUUUAUUUACAAAGCGAUCUGACAAACUUUAUAUGUAACUUCAUUAAGUUAAGCGUCACAAGCUGCCACAUGAAUGGAUAACACUGGAGAUCCCUUCAGUUUCCACAGGAAUGGAUAACACUGGAGAUCCCUUCAGUUUCCACAGGAAUGGAUAACACUGGAGAUCCCUUCAGUUUCCACAGAUUUUGGGGGAAAAAACGGCUUUGUUUUAUUUGCCCCUAAUUUGUGUAACGUUUUGCAGAGUUCACUGUAAGUUAGAUGUUCUGGUGCCACUCAGGCAGUUUACAUCAUUGAUUUAGGACCUCUAUGUAGUUGAAUGGGAUUGCUUUUAUUUUUUGUUUAUUGUGUGUUGAAUUAGAUUUUAUACAUGUAUGUUUUAGUAUGCUUUUUUUUAUUGUAAUGUGUACAGGGCUCUCUUGUAAAUAUAUAUUAUCUUUUUAAUCUCAAUCUGUUCUGAAGGUUAAAUAAAAAAUACAUGUGGAUUUA